AUGUUGAAUCGUGGUCUACGUCAGUCGUUAUUUGUUCUCGUGUUAGCUCUACAUCUAAUUGUCUUAUCAACAUAUACGAUUCUACGUUAUCAAAGAUCGACACCGACUGAAACUUAUCCAGAUCAUAUUUUGACAGAAGCAGAUCCAUUUGCUAAACCAUUAUCACCUGGACCUCUUCCGGCGAGUUUGAUUGAAAAAAGUGAACGAUUAUUGUUAAAUCAAAAUUAUAAACGAUUCAAUAAGCAACAGAAAAGUGCAGAUAAAAAGUAUAUUUUACCACGCGUACCAUGUCCACUUCUGCCACCGAAUUUAGUUGGCCGUGUUACGGCAGAUUUAUUCUCUUAUGAAAUGCAUGAAGUUGAAGAACAUUUAGCAAAUUCAAGUAUUCAACUUGGAGGUCAUUGGUCUCCACCACAUUGUACAGCUCAUUAUCGAGUGGCGAUUAUAAUUCCAUAUCGAAAUCGCGAUAUGCAAUUGCGAAUCUUUCUCAAUUUUAUGCAUCCGUUUCUUCAGAAGCAACAGAUCGAUUAUCAGAUUUAUCUCGUUGAACCAAUCGAGAAAAUUAAAUUCAAUCGAGCAUUGCUAUUCAAUAUUGGUUUCCGUGAAGCAUUGAAAGAAUAUCCAUGGCAAUGCUUUAUUUUUCAUGAUGUUGAUUUGAUUCCGGAAGACGACCGAAACAUUUAUUCAUGUCCGCCUGAGCCACGACAUAUGUCUGUCUCGGUAAAUACUUUCAAUUAUCAAUUACCUUAUCGGGGAAUCUUCGGUGGAGUAUCAGCGAUGACAAUCAAACAAAUGGAAGCAGUGAAUGGAUUUUCUAACCAAUAUUUUGGUUGGGGUGGCGAAGAUGAUGAUAUGUCCGCUCGUGUGAUCACAAAAUAUCGUAUAUCUCGGUAUCCGGCAUCAAUUGGUCGUUAUCGAAUGUUACGACACCGUCCUGAUACUCCGAAUUCUAAUAGAUUUACUUUCUUACAUCUUGGAACUGGGCUGAUGAAUCACGAUGGUCUUUCGAAUUUGCAAUAUGAUGUAGUCAGUAUCGACAAGAAGAAACUCUUUACGCAUAUUCUAGUAAAUUAUAAUGAAACUUUAAUCAAAGCUAGUGUUGCUGAUUUAGUCAAGAAAAAGAAAAAGCCUCAUUAA